AUGCCAGCUUUCAUUAAUCAAUUAAUACUGCCGAGCACCAGUUCACUGUUUGACCAACAAGAACUAAAUGUGUCCAAGAAUUUGGAGACCCACAACAGCAUUACCUCUAUUGACAGAGAAGAUUUAUGGAACCCUGCCUCAUCUUCCAGUGAUUCGGAUGAAGAUAAGUCAGUUCAAACAGUAGAAGAAGAAACAAGUGUUGUAUGUAAUCACGUGAAAGAAAAUAAUCCAGAAUCAUCAGUAUUAUCAAAAAGAGUAUUUCGUAACAUUUUCAAAAGGGAUUUUAAUAUCGGAUUGCAUCUGCCUAAAAAAGAUAAAUGUGGUUUUUGUGAGAAGUGCAAAAAUUUACCACCUGAGAACUAA